UUUCUUUCCGUCAACGAGAUGGUAGCCCCAAACUGAUGACUCCUCCCAAGGGGAUGACGAAGUGGAAGAUGAAGUUCUUUUACAUCAAGGCUGCUGCCAUUGUUGCAAAGAUGACGUUUCGGAAUGUGACCGAGACGAUCAUAGCAGAGACCAUUGCGGUCCCAAGUUUGAAGACGGUGGAGUGGUUUCCGCAGUUGCAGACCAUUGAGUCUGUGAAGUUGACCAACACACAGUUGUGGGUGUUGCGCAUGAUGUUGACAAGGAGGAACAAGAAGUCGAAGCCCGUGGUGCGUGAGAAAAGUGGUGAGGACGCUCCCUUGUGGAGGAUGUUUGCCCCGGAUUUCCUGGGUAUGGUUGAAACAGUUGUUUGCGCGGAUGGCGAGGAGGAGUUUAAUGUCCUCAUUCGAGAUAACUUACGGGUGCCUACUGAGGCCGCAUUGGCAGUUGAGUUGCCGCGGGGCAAAGGUGAUCUUGGGGCCUUAGGGGAUCUUGACGCGAAGGGUGUGCCCAAGAGGCAAACGGUGAAAAGUGUGCGCUUUCGUCAAAAGAAAAUACCGGAGGUCACUGUUGUGCCUCAUCUGGUGCCGCAGGCGGCAGGUAUCUCUCACUCUUCUUUCCGUAGAUACUUGGAUUAUGUGAUAGUAUCUGAUACCAUUGAGGUUUUGGGUAUAGCUGCGGGCUCGCAGUCUGGUGCUGGGAAGAGGCAAGUAGAAGAGACGGCCGCUGGUGCCGGUGGACCGAAACGUCGGAGGUUGCAGUCUAAGAGGAUUGGUCCGACAUCAAAGAAACCUGCGGGUACUGUUGAGCUUCAAGAUAAAGAUUUUUCUAUCUUUGAUGCUCCGUUGUCACCUCCGCAUGCCACGGGUGCAGGUGCGGGUGCGGGUGCGUCAGAGGAACCUUCGGCACCCUUUGUCAAGGUGGUGCCUGAUUCAACCGUGCAAACGGAGGGUACCGCAGAGAAGGUCGCGACCCAGAUAUUCGAUACCGUUGAUUCGUCCAACAAUCUGAUCUCUCCCAAUGAGGGUGAUAAUUUGGGUCUGCGGUUUUCUGAUUCUGGGAAGCAAAAGUCUGAUGCUGAGCCGCAAAAAACUGAUGCUGAGGUGCGGCAGCAUGAUGCUGAGCCGCAGAAGUCUUCUGCUGGUGAGAAGGGUAUCGGUUCGUCUGCCGGUGGUGCGGGUUAUGAUGGGCCUCCAAUUCAGCCUGGGGAGUCUGAAUUGGAGUAUUAUUAUCGCACCUAUACCAAGGGUCGAAGUACUAUUUAUCACCGACCUCCCUGGACUGUUAUGCAUGGGGGAUGAUAUUUCCAACGACCCCUCUGCGUGCAAGGAGAUUCUGGGUGGUUUGGGCACCCCCUUUGAAGUAGAACGUGCCCGUGCCGCCCCUCGUGAGUUGCGCAUCAAUCAACUUUCCACCUUGCUAGUAGGAAGUUACAUAGUGUCUAACGCCAUUUUGGAAGACUACAAGGUGUUAGGCCGCAGAGAGGAGGAAGCUGCUCGCAUACGGGCCGAAGCGGAAGAGUUGAUCAAGGCUGCUCGUGCGGGUGCGGAGCAGCUUGAGAAAGAUAGGG